AGACGCACCAAAAGCAUUUUAACUAAAUAAUAUCUUAUUUUUAAAAAAUAAAAAACUCUUUGAGAAGCAUGAGACUGUUUCUUUUACUUUCUUUCAAUGUUCUCACGUUACUUGACGCUUUCACCGAUGUAUCUGAUAGGCAAGCGUUGUUGGAGUUUAAGUCUCAAAUUUCUCAAGGCAAGAGAGAUGUCUUGUACUCAUGGAAUAACUCACUCCAUGUGUGCAACUGGAAGGGGGUUACAUGCGGCCGCAAACAUAAGAGAGUUACUCAACUGCACCUCCCAGGAUUGCAAUUGGGCGGGGUGAUAUCACCAUCUAUUGGUAAUCUUUCGUUUCUCAUAUCACUUAAUAUCUCUCGUAACUCUUUUGGUGGUACCAUCCCUGACGAGGUGGGAAACUUGUUUAGACUUGAACACUUGGAUAUGAACUUUAAUUUAAUUGAGGGAGAGAUUCCAGCCAGUUUGUCCAACUGUUCUAGAUUGUUAGAGCUUCAGUUUAGCUCAAAUCUUCUUGGAGGAGGUGUUCCUUCAGAGCUAUGGUCACUGACGAAGCUCGUUACUUUAGAUCUUUAUGGAAACAACCUAAAAGGAAAGCUCCCUGAUUCUCUAGGAAACUUAACAUGCCUUAGAGAACUUGGCUUUGGAGGUAACAAUAUAGAUGGAAGAGUUCCGGAUAAUAUAGUUAGAUUGAAUCGAAUGGUGUAUCUCGACUUAUCAGAUAACAAUUUCUUAGGUUUUUUUCCUCCCCCUGUCUACAACUUGUCCUCACUUUAUAUUUUAAACAUCUUUAGAAAUAGUUUCUCAGGUAGUUUAAGGCCUGAUUUUGGUAAUUUGCUACCAAACCUUCAAGGACUAUAUAUGGGAAGGAAUUAUUUCACAGGAGCCAUUCCAACUACAUUUUCCAAUAUCUCGAAUCUUCAAAAAUUGGGAAUGGAGUUUAACAAUCUAACAGGAAGUAUUCCUCCUAGCUUUGGAAAAUUACGGAAUUUAGAAUUACUCUCACUUCAUAGCAAUUCUUUGGGAAGUGGCUCUUUUGGAGAUCUUGAGUUUUUUGGUGCAUUGACUAACUGCACCAAACUAGAAAUCUUAGAGGCUGGUCGUAAUAGGCUGGGGGGUGACCUGCCUACUUCCAUUGGUAAUAUGUCCAGGGAGCUAAACUAUCUAAGCCUUGACACAAAUUUCAUCACUGGUAGCAUUCCUCAUGAGAUUGGGAAUCUUGUAAGUCUACAGUCACUUUGGUUGGAGAAAAAUCUGCUGUCGGGACCACUCCCGACCUCUCUUGGGAAGCUUCUAGGAUUGAUGAAAUUAAGUUUGUAUUCAAAUAGGAUAUCAAAACAUAUACCACCUUAUGUCGGCAACCUCUCUCGGUUAGAGUCACUCUACUUGUAUGACAAUUAUUUUGAUGGAAUUGUUCCUCCGACCCUAGGUAAUUGUAGUCACCUACUAGAACUAUGGAUUGGGGAUAAUAUGUUGAAUGGGACUAUACCUCGGGAAAUAAUGCAAAUUUCACCCCUUCUUAUCCUUAGCAUGCCACGUAAUUCUUUCACCGGCUCUCUCCCUGAAGAGGUUGGGCGACUAGAAAACCUUGUUACACUAUCACUUGAAGAUAAUAAAUUAUCAGGACAACUCCCACGGACUUUGGGGACCUGUCUCUCGAUGGAAGUUAUUUAUUUACAAGGAAAUUCGUUCGAUGGAGCCAUUCCAGAUAUAAGAGGGUUGGUGGCUAUUAAAGAAAUUGAUUUGUCGAACAAUGAUCUUUUUGGAGUUAUACCUGGAUAUCUUGCAAAUUUUUCCAUGUUGCAGUAUCUCAAUCUAUCCGUUAACAAUUUUGAAGGAAGAGUGCCAACAGAAGGAAAUUUUCAAAAUGCAUCGUUAGUUGCUGUAUUUGGAAACAAAGAUUUAUGUGGAGGCAUUAGAGAGUUACGACUAAAGAGAUGCUCAGUGAAAGAACCACCAAUGGGAACAAAGCAUUCCUCUCUUUCAAAGAAAUUUGUGAUUGGGGUUAGUGUGGGCAUAGCUUUGCUUUUUUUGCUGUUCACAACAUCAUUUUUUCUACUUUGGUUCCGAAAAAGAAAGAAAACCCUUGAGACCAAUAAUAAUCCUACUCCUUUCACUUUGGGGGCCUUUCAUGAAAACAUAAGUUAUGGAGAUCUUCAAAAUGCAACAGAUGGCUUCUCUCCGAACAAUUUGAUUGGGUCAGGUAGUUUUGGUACUGUGUUUAAGGCAUUGCUCCCUCCGGAGAACAAAGUUGUUGCGGUUAAAGUUCUUAACAUGGAGAAACGUGGAGCAAUGAAGAGCUUUAUGGCAGAAUGUGGAUCCCUCAAGGACAUAAGGCAUCGUAAUCUUGUGAAACUAUUGACGGCUUGCGCUAGUAUUGAUUUCCAUGGUGACGAAUUCAGAGCUCUCAUAUAUGAGUUCAUGCCGAAUGGAAGCUUGGAUAUGUGGCUGCACCCUGAGGAAGUCGAAGAGACUCGUAGGCCCUCAAGAACCUUGACGCUUCUUGAAAGGCUAAACAUUGUCAUAGACGUGGCCUCUGUUUUGGACUAUCUUCAUGUUCAUUGUCAUGAGCCUAUAGCUCAUUGUGAUCUUAAGCCAAGCAACGUCCUUUUAGAUGAUGAUCUAACAGCCCAUGUUAGCGACUUUGGUCUGGCUCGUCUUCUCCUCAAAUUCGAUCAGGAUUCUUUCUUCAACCAACUAAGCUCGGCUGGCGUCAGAGGAACCAUCGGCUAUGCCGCACCAGAAUAUGGAGUGGGAGGAAAGCCAUCAAUAUAUGGUGAUGUAUAUAGCUUUGGGGUUCUCGUUUUGGAAAUGUUUACUGGAAAAAGACCAACCAAUGAGUUAUUUGGGGGUAACUUUACCCUCCAAAGCUACACCAUGUCGGCGUUGCCUGAAAGAGUACUGGACAUUGCAGACAAAUCGAGUCUUCACGGUGGUCUCGGAAUUGGUUUCCGUAUUGCUGAGUGCUUGACACUGGUUUUGGAGGUAGGACUUAGGUGUUGUGACGAAUCUCCAUCGAACCGGUUGGUAGCUAGUGAAGCCGCAAAGGAGUUGAUCUCAAUCAGAGAGAAAUUCUUUAAAGCUAGAAGAACAGCGAGACGUUGAAAUGUUUAUGGUUUUUCUACAAACUUUGCAAACCAUUUUUAAGGUCAUCUGUGGUCUUUCAUAAUUUGUGGUUUUUUUCUAUUUUCAUGUGCGUGCUUGUUAAUGAAUAUGCAGACAAAAUAAUAUAUGAACUAGGUACUAACCUGCGAAAAACCGCGGGAUGAACUUUUUAAAAAAUUUUAGUAAUUUAUUUUGUGAUUAUGUUA